AUCUGGGAAAGUCGUUUGACUGUGUGUCUGCCAUUUUGAUCAACAUUGUGUUCAUCUGCUUGUACAUUAUUAGUAAAAAGAGUGGUGAAAUAUUUUAAUUAUGAAGAUAAUUCUAAAUAUAUCAUCAAUCAGGAUAUAUAAUAUUAUUUUACACCGAGUACACCUAUGAAAGGUGUUAAUAAGAAAAUGAAUCGAAUGGUAACUUGGUCCAAAUCCUAUGAGCUGCAGUUCUGUCACUAAUUCAUUGUGUUAUACAAUUGUACAUAAAAUACUCAUUAUAUAUGCAUAUAUAUAAAUAUAUAUAUGUGUAUAUAUAUGUAUGAUAGCAACAACGCAAGAUUAAUAUUAUUAUAACAAAAUAUUACCGAAUUUUGGCAUGAUAUUUUGCACUUCUAUAUAUUAUUAACAUAAAGAACUCAAGCUUAUACUGUUGAAUUUUUAAAAAAUCAUACAAAGAUGGGUUCUUCUCGACAAGAAGAUAGAUCUCUUAGUGGUGGAAUUUCAUUGCCACAAUGGAUGAAAGGAAAAAUGGAUAAAUUUGAUUUUGAUGAUACUACUUUCCAAAGCCCACCGACUUAUGAUGACAGUUUUUUUUAUAUAAGGUAUCAAAAAUCACAGAAUUCCAAUUCAUCACAGCAAGGAUUGAAAGGCAUCUCUGAGGCUUUGAGUGAGAACACUAUCACAGAUUCUACAAGUCAAAAAACUAAUAAAAAAUCAAUUUCUGAUUUGGAUGAAACAAAGCAAAUUGAUUUUAGCAAGCAUCCUUUGCCAUGUCAUCCAUAUAUACCAGCUACAAAUAAUACAAUUGGUGAUAUUAAACCUCAAAAAACUCUAAUAACAGGAAACAUAAAACCUAAGUCGCAAGGGACAGACGACGGUUUCCACGGUGAACCAGCUCUUUGUGGCAAAUCUAUUGUUCACGUAGCCAACCAAAUGAUGUCCGGAAAAUUCACCAAAUUAUUCACAUCAGAUUCACGUUCGCAGCAGACAGACAGUUCUUUGAAGAAUGUCAGUAAGUCAUUACCAGCAUCACCAUUGGUAACACCAACAGGAACUCCUGAUAGUUCACCAAAAGCACGCAGAAAGAUUCAUUCUAAUAGAUAUUUUUCGGGUGCGUUCGUACCAGAUAAAGAGAAAUAUCAAGGUAGUUGGAUUUUAGCAAGCAUAUUAGGUCAAUCUAGAGAAAUUGUUACAGCAAAAAUAGAAGAAGAAGAAGAGUUUGUCACAGACAUCAUAGAACCAACCAAGCCGCUUAAUCGGAAGAAAUCAAUAUCUUCACAAAAUUUAACGUAUAUAGGAAAAGAAGAAAAAUCGGCGGAUAAAAUGCCAGGUUACAUGAAUGUACCAUCUGAAUUAAGAGAGAUGAAUUGUUGGUCACCAACUUCCAUGUGAAAUUUCAGUUUCUAUUUGAUUUUGCUCUAUAAAGAGCUAUAUUAAUCACACUUAGAGCUCUGUACUUAUCUACAAGCAUAAUAAACUGAGAUCAGACUAUGUAUUAUAGACUAUGUAGAUUGAGAUUUAUGAAUCUUGAGAUUAGAAUAUAAUCAUUCAAGAUAAUAUGAAUCAAGAUCGAGAUUAUCUGAUUGAUCGAAUUCUGAUCUGUAAUUUGCAGUUCUUAAUCUGUCAUAUGUAGACUGAUGUCAGCUUUAGGCAUAGGUUGGGAGCCCUGCAAAAUAUCCUGAAAAUAUAAUUUGUAAUAAAAGAGUAUGUUCUUAUAAAUACAAAUCUUGCUACACACACAUA